AUGUGCAGACUAGAGCCACAGGCAGAAGAAAACAAAGUUGGAAAUAAAAAAGAAACUCUUGCUGCAUCAAAAAAUAAAAUCAAAUUCAAAAAAAGAGAAAAAGAAAAACAAAUAAAGACGCUUGAGACCGCCUCUGCUGCGCUUACGAAGCAGCAGCAGCAGCAGCAGCAGCAGCAGCAGCAGCAGCCGGAAGGGCAGGAGCAGCGGCUGGAGCAGCAGCAGUGGCUGCAGCUGGAGCAGCCAGAGCAGCAGCUUGAGCAGCAGCAGCUGCUGCAGUCCGAGGAGGUGCAGCAGCAAGAAUUGCUGCUGCUGCUGCAGCAGCAGCAGAGGGAAGAGCAGGAGGAGCUGCUGCUGCUGCAGCAGCACGAGGAAGAGGAGCAGCAGCUGCUGCGGGAGCCGCAGCUGCUGAGGCUGCUACAGCAGGGGCAGCAGCAGCAGCCUCCUUGCUGCGGCUGCAGCAGCAGCAGCAGCAGCAGCAGCAGCAAAGAUUCUAAGGAAGCAACAGCAGCAGCUGCUGCUGCUGAAGCAGCAGCAGACACAGAGGGUAUUUUUGAAUUGUGCGUCACGCCCAUUUUCUUUUUAAAAGAAUAA